UGAGACUAUCGCCUACUCGAAACAUAUAACUAUCCAGUCGCGAAGCUCGAAUUACUUAGCCAUGCCUGUCCAAUCCAAACCUACACAGCUCACUCCGUUUGGAUAUGCCCUGGCUGGAGCUCUGGGUGGUUGUUUCUCGAAUGCAAUCGUGUAUCCUCUAGAUACCAUCAAAACGCGCAUUCAAGCCUCAAAUGUCGAGGAGGAACGUACCGGGAAGCGUUCCGACUUGUCCAUCCACCACCUAGUCGUCAGCAUCCUCAAAGAAGAAGGUAUAGCGGGCUAUUACAGGGGCUUCGCGGCCACCAUGAUCAACACCUUCUCCAUGCAAUAUGCCUAUUUCUUUUUCUACUCACUCGUCCGCACCUCCUACAUUAAACGUCUCGCAGCGAGAAGAGCCCCUAAUUCCCCUAUCCCGGCCCUCUCUACCGCCGCCGAACUCGCUCUCGGCGCCCUAGCGGGGGCUCUCGCCCAAGUCUUCACAAUCCCAGUCUCCGUCAUCGCUACCCGUCAGCAGAUUGGUCGUCGACAACCCAACACCAAGACGAACGCGAGCGCCACCGCCACAACGUCACCCACAUCCGACUCAGCCGUGCCGUCUUCGGUGGGCGCGGAUAAGGGAAAAGCACCGUCCUAUGCGUCCGUAGCAGAGAAAGGAGAUGUCUCCGAAGCUUCCACCCUCUCUGCGACCGACGUCCCUCCUUCAUCUGCCUCCUCUGUCUCGGACGAUGACGAAUAUGAAGACGACGACAGUUUCCUCGGUGUCGCUCAUUCAAUCAUCAAAGAGGAUGGGAUCACUGGUCUUUGGCUGGGAAUGGGUCCUAGUCUUGUUUUGACAGUCAACCCAGCAAUCACGUAUGGGGCUUACGAGCGGGUGAAGAGUGUUAUGGUGAUGGCGCAGGAGAAAGCGGGUCAAGGGAGGAAGUUGGGUCCGUGGACGAGUUUCAUGUUGGGGGCGAUCAGCAAGACAUUAGCCACCGUUGUAACCUACCCAUAUAUCAUGGCCAAAGUCCGUAUCCAAGCCGGAGCCGAACCAUUCAAUGAUUCCGAGAAAGAGAAGGACAACAAGGACAAGGCGAAAGAACACUCGCUCCUUCCGCCGCCAGCAACUUCCGCUCCAACCCACGCUCACCACCACCACGUACACCACAAACACGCUGGGGCGAUCAAUAUCCUCCACCAUGUCCUCCGCACGCAAGGGUUCUUCGGAUGGUAUCAGGGCAUGGGCGCUCAAAUCACCAAAGCCGUCCUCUCACAGGCCAUCCUCUUCAUGUCGAGAGAGAAACUAGAGCAUUGGGCACUAGCGAUCAUGGUGCUCUGGUGGAAAGUGAAACAUGGGCACGGACGUACUUCUGCUGUAUGAACUUGAUCAGAGGCGUCUGCGCUUGCUGUUUGUUACGGAUCACGACUCAUGUACAGUACCUUCCCUUCUAUGAUAGUCUAUGGCUCGCAAUCGGUUUACUUACUUAUCCCUACGGCUUGCAGAUUUCUUGAUUGUUGAUGCGACUCGAUUACUGUCAUCUUGUUAUUCACGUGUUGUGUUGCUCCGAAUUUUCGAGUGAAUUAUAGAAUAAG